CCAGGUCAGAGAAUAUCCCUCUGGAGGAGGAGAUGGUGAGCAUCCUGGAUCGAUGCGGACCAGCUCUGACAUAUGUCCUACAUAGCAAGUUUGGAUGUACUGCUGUGCUCCAUGGUGUUGAUGCUGGUGCAAUGAAGUUCAAGAAGCCAGUAUUUAAGCAGGAAACUGUCCAUUCCGACUCCAGCGAUGCAAGGAAAAGUGUUCAACCGUUUAUUGAGCUCUGUGGGGCCUAUCAUGAGACAUUGAGGGAGGCCAGACGCUGGUAUUUGGAUUCUUUGUACCCUGCCUCGAAGAAUGUAAUCACCAUUCACAACAAUUUCAUCCAGCACUUUGGCCAGAGGGAGUUUGAAGAGCUUCUUUCCCUUCAGACCAAGAGGGAAGUUUCCAUCAAGGAGAACUUUAAAGAUGGGCGCUUUGGAUUGACCAUCCAGGGGGCUUCUAGAGGGUUCAAAGCUGCUGUGUUAGAGGUGGAAGCCCUGUGCUGCAAAGUCCAAGAGGAUUUUGCAAAGGAAGAGUUGAGUUUAAUGGGCCUGCAAUCUCCCAUCAGUUCCCCAAGGAAGCCUGUAGAUGACAACAGUUCUGAUUAUAAAGAGAGACAGCAACAUUUUCCCGGACUUCAAAUUGUCAGGGUUGAGAAGGUGGAGAACAAAGCUCUGAAGCAGGUCUUUGACCUUAGGAAGAGGCAGUUGCAGGUGUCUACCCCAUCUCAGCGAAUGUACCAGCGCUUGCCUGUGCAAUUCUGUGACCUGCUCAGUAGAGUGGGCUUUCAGAUGGAGUUUACACCACCUGAUGAGCAACAUCUGGGAGAGGGGAUCUACUUCAGCAGCAGUGUCCAUGGAGCAGAGAGGCUGUGGAAGGGCUCAGCAGACCAGGAGUACCUGUACUUCAUUGAGGCACAGGUGCUGACUGGCAAGUCAAUUGUUGGCUGUCCAGGUCUCAUCGUGCCACCUCCCUUUGCCAGUGACCCACUCACCUUGUAUGACAGUGUGAAAGGAGGUGGAGACACCUGGGUCAUCUUCAAUGGACACCAGGCUCUACCUGAAUAUCUGAUCACCUGCAAUAAGCCAACAUACGUAAAACCUCACGCAUUGUUCAACUGGGGUAAAGCUGAAAAGCCACAAAAGAAUGAGGACAUUGUCAUUGAGGGCAUGGAAGUGGAUCCGGCUGUCUUCCACGUUUCUUCCAAAUUGGACCAUUGGAUCAAGGACCUGAACCUAAAGGAACCAGAGAGCAGCAGCAGCAUCGCACACGACGCUGUCUACCAGUCCGAAUCCCUCCGCCAACGCAUCCAUGACAUGAGAAUCAAGGACCUGAACCUAAAGGAACCAGAGAGCAGCAGCAUCGCACACGACGCUGUCUACCAGUCCGAAUCCCUCCGCCAACGCAUCCAUGACAUGAGAAUCAAGGACCUGAACCUAAAGGAACCAGAGAGCAGCAGCAUCGCACACGACGCUGUCUACCAGUCCAAAUCCCUCCGCCACCACAUCCAUGACAUGAGAAUCAAGGACCUGAACCUAAAGGAACCAGAGAGCAGCAGCAUCGCACACGACGCUGUCUACCAGUCCAAAUCCCUCAGCCACCACAUCCAUGACAUGAGAAUCAAGGAGAUUCUGAGGAAGGCCAGGGACAAAAAGUCCUUCAACAGGAACAUUACAGCGCCUUGGCAGCAGCAGCCAGGGGGACAGCCCCAGACAUUUCACCCCAUCCAUAACUCCCAUCUGCAGCAGGCGCUGGAGAGGAAGCAGUCCCACGUGGAGGUCUCUGUCCGGAGGAAAAUGUUCACCUUCACCAGGGCAGCUAACAACACAAGUACAAACAGCCCCCAAAGCAGACAAAUUGACAAGUCAGCAGCUCAACCUAUUGAGAGUCUCCCUCGGCAUUGGGAUGCCAUGCCAGCCAACACGUCCUGCCUGUCCUGCCUUAUCCAGCCAGGAAGCCCAGAGCACAAUGCAGUUUUAAAGCUGUUCCGAGACACCUGCCACAACAAAGUUAUACAGAUUGAGAGGAUCCAGAACCCAACCCUGUGGAGGAGUCUCCAGAUCAAGAAACACGACAUGGAGCUCAGGAACGGUCACCAGAAGAAUGAGAAGAGGCUCUUCCAUGGAACAUGCCACACAACCAUCAAUCACAUCAACAACCAUGGCUUCAAUCGGAGCUUUGCUGGGAAAAAUGCUACAGCAUUUGGAAACGGCACCUACUUUGCUGUUGCUGCCAGUUACUCUGCCAGGAGCACAUACUCAAGACCGGAUCGCCAGGGACAGAAGUAUAUGUACCUAUGUCGAGUUCUGACUGGCGAUUUCACUGCAGGACGACAUGGGAUGACAGUUCCUCCAGCUAAAAGCACCACAACUGUUGAACUCUACAACAGCGUGACAGACAACCCAUCAGGACCAUCUAUGUUUGUCAUUUUCCAUGACAACCAGGCAUAUCCUGAGUACUUGAUUACAUUCUUCUAGACCCUGCGGAGAAAAGCAAAAAGAAAUGAAAUGCUCUUACUAAACUUUCAAAAGUCUUCCUUAUGAUGAUGACUUUGUGCCUUAUAAACUGUUAUGCAGAACUUUUAUUGAAGAAAUGAAAAUGACUGGUGUCACUUUUGCAUGGAAAUGUGUAACCAUUACAGGUUCUUAUGUAACCCGGUUCAAUCUAACCCUAGCCUGAACCACAACCCUAACCCUAACCCUAACCCUCAAACACAACCCUAACCCUAACCCUAACCCUCAAACACAACCCUAACCCUAACCCUAACCCUCAAACACAACCCUAACCCUAACCCUAAAUCUCAACCACAACCCUAACCCUAACCCUAAAUCUCAACCACAACCCUAACCCUAACCCUAAAUCUCAACCACAACCCUAACCCUAACCCUAACCCUCAAACACAACCCUAACCCUAACCCUAAAUCUCAACCACAACCCUAACCCUAACCUUAGCUUCAUGUCUACUACCCAGUUCAACCCUAACCCUAACCCUAAACCUCAACCACAACUACAACUACAACCACAACCACAACCCUAACCCUAACCCUAACCCUCAACCACAACUACAACCACAACCACAACCCUAACCCUAACCCUAACCCUCAACCACAACUACAACCCUAACCCUAAACCUCAACCACAACUACAACUACAACCCUAACCCUAGACCUCAACCACAACUACAACCACAACCCUAACCCUAGACCUCAACCAAAACUACAACCACAACCCUAACCCUAGACCUCAACCAAAACUACAACCACAACCCUAACCCUAACCCUAACCCUUACCACAUCCAACCCUAUUCCUGCAGCCAUAUUCUACCCCUUUAUUAUGUGUAACUUAGCCCUCUGCUCUGACAUUCUAAAAACGAGAUUCUAAAAUGGGUGGUUCCAGCCCUGAAUGCUGAUUGGCUGACAGCCGUGGUAUAUCAGACCGUAUACCACGGUUAUGACAAAACAUUUAUUUUUACAACUCUAAUUAUGUUGGUAACCAGUUUGUAACAGCAAUAAGCCACCUCGGGGGUUGUGGUAUAUUGGCCAUAUACCAAUAAACUCCUCAGGCCUUAUUGGACAAAACUUGGUGUGAGAUAAAAAAAACUUUUAUUCUGAACUCACCAGAACGCAGUGAGCGAGUGAAAGCAAGUGAGAUCAAGUGAGAGAGAGAGAGAGCAAGAUAGAGAGAGAGAGAGAGACAGCGAGAGAGAGAGAGACAGCGAGAGAGAGAGAAAGACAGUGAGCGAGUGAAAGCAAGUGAGAUCGAGUGAGAGAGAGAGAGCAAGAUAGAGAGAGAGAGAGCAAGAUAGAGAGAGAGAGAGAGACAGCGAGAGAGAGAGAGACAGCGAGAGAGAGAGAGACAGCGAGAGAGAGAGAGACAGCGAGAGAGAGACAGCGAGAGAGAGAGACAGCGAGAGAGAGAGAAAGACAGUGAGCGAGUGAAAGCAAGUGAGAGCGAGUGAGAGAGAGAGAGCAAGAUAGAGAGAGAGAGAGCAAGAUAGAGAGAGAGAGAGAGACAGCGAGAGAGAGAGAGACAGCGAGAGAGAGAGACAGCGAGAGAGACAGCGAGAGAGAGACAGCGAGAGAGAGAGACAGUGAGAGAGAGAGAGACAGCGAGAGAGAGAC